AUGAUUAAGUACUAUUUACACAAAGCUCUCAGCUUGUCAUUGCAGUUUCCCAACAAAUUGUACCGGUACAAAAUGGCAAUGGAACAAAAAUUUCAAAAACUACCCGCUUCGGUGAUUCCAAAACACUACAAUAUUCACCUGUUGCCGGACUUGGAAAAAUUUAAAUUUACCGGAAAAAUUAAUAUCGAUAUUGAGAUCAAAGAGGCAACUGACAAGAUUACGUUGAAUUCAUUAAAUUUAAAUUUCCAUUCUGUAAAAUUACUGAGCAAUCAUGCUGAACAUAAACCAGUUAAAACUGAAUUCAUCGUUGACGAAGAAAAAGUUAUCCUCAAUUUCGAUAAGCUCCUUACGCAAGGAAAUUAUAAUUUAUACAUAGAGUACGAAGGAAAUCUCGAGGAUAAUAUGAGAGGAUUUUACAGAACUAAAUACACAGACGAUAAAGGACAACAAUUUUAUUCAGCAGUAACUCAAUUAGCUCCUGCCGAUGCAAGGAGAUGUUUCCCCUGCUGGGACGAGCCUGCCCUUAAAGCCACAUUCGAUAUAGAAUUAACUUCUAACAAACGCACUACACUUUCUAACACAUCCGUUAUUAAGAGUAUUCCAUCGGAGAAUUCUACCAAGUACACCUUUGCGAGUACUCCGAAGAUGUCCACUUAUUUAGUGGCAUUCGUAGUAGGCGAUUUCGAAUAUGUGGAAAAAGAAACCGAUGGCGUUUUAAUCAGAGUAUACACUCCCUUGAAAAAGAAACAUCUAGGCGAAUUCGCGUUAGAUGUCGCUACAAAAGUACUCCAUUACUACAAGGAGUACUUUAAAAUAGCUUACCCGUUGCCCAAAUUAGAUCUAGUAGCCGUGGCCGGUUUGAGCUAUGGAGCCAUGGAAAACUGGGGCCUUAUAACAUACAGGGAACAGCGAUUGUUGAUAGACCCGGACAAUUCAUCGACUGCUACCAAGCAGGAUGUCACGUUUGUCGUGGCACACGAAUUAGCCCAUCAGUGGUUCGGAAAUCUGGUGACUAUGAAGUGGUGGACGGAUUUGUGGUUGAACGAAGGCUACGCCACUUUCACGCAAUUUCUGGUCACCAGCCACCUUUACCCCGAGUACGAUAUUUGGUCGCAAUUCGUCAAUACUUACUUCCUGGCCGCGCUGGAAUUGGACGGUUUAAAAAAUUCGCAUCCCAUCGAGGUCCCCGUGGAUAAUCCGUCGGAGAUCAACCAGAUUUUCGAUGCUAUUACGUACAAUAAGGGAGCGUCUGUGAUUAGAAUGUUGCACCAGUUUAUCGGAGAGGAGAAGUUCAGGGAAGGGAUGUGUUUGUAUUUGAGUAAACACCAAUACGGAAAUACUUCUACUGAGGAUUUGUGGAGUGCUCUAGAAGAAGCUAGUAAACAACCCGUGGCGAGGAUAAUGUCCACAUGGACCAAGCAAUUGGGUUUUCCAUUGAUUAAAGUAGAAACUCACGAUGUAGAAAAUGGGGUUAAUAUUAAACUGUCUCAAACGAAAUAUAACUCUGACGGUUCUCAAUCCACCGAAAAACAUAUUUGGAUGGUUCCGAUAUCGAUUUCAACCAGCCAAAAUCCGGAAGUUCAUGAAAAUCUACUCCUAACUAACGAAUCUAUCGAGAAGACUAUAACUGGAUUAAAACCUACCGAUUGGAUUAAAAUUAAUCCGGGUGUAGUCGGUUUCUACAGGACACUAUACACAAAUGAAAUGCUAGAUAAAUUUGCAGUUGAUAUCAGAAAUCGCCGAAUGCCACCUUUGGAUAGAUUGGGUUUGCUGGAAGAUAUCUAUGCAUUGGUGAAAGCGGGUUACAUGAAAACCGACGCUUUGCUAGAUUUCCUCCAGAAUUACAAGCAAGAAACGAACUCAAACGUCUGGAUUUCCAUCGUAACUAUACUAAGUAAAUUACAAACGCUCUUGGAUUACUCCGAAUGCAGUAAAGGCUUCCGAUGUUAUCAGAAGCGACUGUUGAAAGGCAUAUACGAGUCCAUCGGCUGGGAACCGAGGGAUAAUGACUCUCAAAUCGACAGUCUUUUGAGAGGCAAACUGCUAGCUCACAUGUCUUCCAUACGAGACGAAGAGGUUACUAAGGAAGCGAGGAGAAGAUUCGAGCGGCACGUUAACGGCGAGAAAAUACUACCGGCCGAUUUAAGAGUGGCUUGCUACAAAAUCGUAAUCUCCUCCGGCUCGAAGGAGGAUUUCGAAAGUUUGUUUCGAUUGUACAAAACCAGCGAUUUGAACGAGGAGAAACUGAGAAUCGUUAGCGGACUGGGCGCCACCGAACAAGCGGAAUUGAUAGCCGAUUUACUCCAAUUUUCUUUAUCCGAUCACGUGAAGAUUCAAGACGGCGUUUUGGUUUUGAUAGCGGCUUCGCAAACGGCCGCAGGAAGAGAACUGACUUGGGAGUUCAUCAAGGAUAACUGGGAGACGAUAGCUAAAAAAUUCACGGCCGGUUCUCUCCUGCAAAAUUUGAUCAAAGAGGUCGCCGGUAAAUUCGCCUCGGAGCGCAAGCUCGGAGAGCUGGAGGAGUUCUUCGGCAAAACCAGCAACUGUUGGAUAGACAAGGCUGUGCAGCAGGUGUUGGAGAACGUCGGCAUCAGCUCGGCUUGGUUGAGAAGGGACGCAGAAAUUAUUAAGCAUUACUUCAGUUCUUGA